UUCACGACUGAUUCAGUGUUUUGAGUGUUUUAGAAGAGUUGCAGAGAAGACGUGAUUCAGUGACUAUCGAGCGAGAAAAGUGAAAUGUAAGAAAUUUGCUCAAUAGGUAAGCUAAUUGCAGUUCGGUUUUAAUCGUUUCGUUUCGAAAUUGUUAUAAUAUAAUAACACGGCUGUCGGCCAAGUACCAAUUGUUGGCCGUCAUAAUGUUUACGAGAACGAAGGUCGAUGAUAUUUGUACUACAAAACUUCACAAUUGGCAUGUUUAGUACACUAGACAAACAAGACGAGAGAAUCUCGAGACUAUGAUAACUUAGCUUAUCAUACAUAUUGAUAAUCUCCUUGGAGGAAUAUUGGUCUACACUGGAAACCUAAAACAACGUCUAUCAAAAGCUAUAAUUUGUUACAAAAAGUAUAAAUUAGGAAUAAAAUGACGCUGUUCUACAAAAAUCUUGGGAUGCCUUGCAAAUGCAUCAUAUCAUCUAUGAAAAGUGAUGCUAUAUUAAUUCGCAAGUUAUCGCGGUAUGUUACUCGAUACCAAACUCAUGAGAUUUCUAUUGCAAAAAACCAAUUAUGGCCAAUUCGAUGUUUUUCUUCCAUUAAUGAUGAUGGCAAUGAUGAUGUAAAAGCAAAACCAGAAGAAAAAGACCCGUUAUUGAAAAGUGUUCCAGUUAAAACUGUGUUAGAUAAAGUAAGCUUUGAAAAAAAUGUCGAUAAAGUUCAAAGACCUGAAAAAUCUGUUGAUAGAAAUUAUAUUACUGCUCGUCGUGCAAUGACCGAGUUCAUGUUGAAAUCAACUGAUCUAGAAGGCCUUAAAACUAUCAAACGGCGAUCUCCUUUUGACGAUGAGCCCCCAAUAAAUGUUUAUUGGCGAAAAGAUGUUGUAGCCAAAGCAUCUGAAGUUUGGGGGUCUCAGGAAGGUUUGGUAACUCAAUUAAUUAAGAGAGAAAUUGAGAGAAAAAAAAAACAACAAACAAUGUUCACAAUUAAAGCACAUAGAAGAAAUAACCGUCGACAGACUCUAAAUAAAAAUGAUCUCAAAACACAAAAAUCAUCAGGGCUAUUCGGUGACUCUGGUCGUGUUGUCUUGACAGCUGUCUUCAUAAAUGGUAUGAAUACAAUUUUCAAAGGUUUGGCUUGGUUUUAUACUGGAAGUCACAGCAUGUUUUCAGAAUGUAUACAUUCAAUGGCUGAUACAAUUAAUCAAGUCAUUCUUGCAUUUGGUAUUUAUAAAUCGGUACAAAUAGCAGAUUCAUAUCAUCCAUAUGGGUAUUCAAACAUGAAAUAUGUUGCUUCUUUAAUAUCUGGAGUAGGAAUCUUUUGUAUCGGCUCUGGACUCUCUAUUUACCACGGUGUAACAGGACUUAUUCAUGCUGAACCAUUAGAUUCUCUAUUUUGGGCAUAUUUUGUACUUGGUGGCUCAUUUAUAUCUGAAGGAGCAACAUUAGCAGUUGCUAUCAAUAAUAUUAAAAAAUGUUCCAAAGAAUCAAAGAUUUCUUUCUUGCAAUAUGUGUUACGAGGUCAUGAUCCAACUGUCAAUGUUGUGUUAUUAGAAGAUUGUGCUGCUGUAUUAUCAAUUGGAGUGGCCGCUGUAUGUAUGUCAUUAACUUCAUACUUAAAUACUCCUAUACCAGAUGCUGUUGGAUCAUUACUAGUUGGUGGCAUUUUGGGCACAGUUGCUUCCUUCAUUAUUUAUACUAACACCUCGGCUAUAGUCGGCCGUUCUAUUAGUCUGACAUAUUUAAAUAAAAUUAAUGCUGAAUUAGAAUCUGAUGUCAUGAUAAGGGCUAUUCACGAUGUCAAAGGCAUUGAUAUGGGAAACAGUUUGAUUAGAUAUAAAGCUGAAUUGGAUUUUGAUGGAAGAGAAUUGGCUAAACAAUACCUUGAUAGACUUGAUCCUGAAGCAUUGAUGGCAGAAGUGAAGGGUAUUGAAAAUGCAGACUGUGCUGAAGCAUUCUUAUUGAAACAUAGUGAAAAUAUAAUCGACAUGAUUGGUGGAGAGAUUGAUAGAAUAGAAUGGCAGCUAAGAUCAAAAUUCCCUGAAAUAAGACACUGUGACCUAGAAAUACUUUAGAUAUUUUCUUUCUCUUGUUAAAUUAAUACACUAAGCACAUAAUAUCAACUGGCUGACUGCUGAAGCUUAUGAUCAAAUAGGAUUUUGCAUGACAUGGGAAAAUAUGAUCUUAUUCUACAUGUUCAUUUUAAACUUAUUAUUAGUUAUUAUAAUAAAUUAAAAUGUAUGCAAUAUAAUUGAUUUAACUUAUAAACUAUUUAAAUGUAUGCAUGUAUUUUUUUUUAUAAGGUUAUGCUUAUUAUAUACCUAAUUAUUAAGUAUGAUUACUGAGAAGAAUUUAUUUAUAUUGAAAAUGAAACAAUAUGAUAAUUAAAAGAAUGAUAUUGGUAAUGUAUGGUAUUAAAUUUGGAGAAAUCAAGUCAGUGUCAAAAGCAAAAUGAUUUUACAAAAAAAAGUAUUUCUUUAAAUUUAUAUUGUUAGUAUUAAACAGCUUUUAAUAUGUUGAUUGUUGAUCAUAUACUGUACUUUUUUAAGUUCAUUUUUAUCCAAAGCCAAUUAGGUUUUAUUUUGUAUCAUUCUGCCACUAAACUGUGAUUGCUUGCAUAGUUAUAAUAUAAAUGUUAUCAUCUUUAAAUUAAGAAGUUUUAUUUUAAUUAAAACCAUUAUUACAUUAUAUAAUCCAAUAAAAAUUAUUAAUGUACACAAUAAUGUGUUCUUGCCUAUUUUAUGUACCUAUAUAACUUAUUUAUUUUAAUAUUAGACUUAGUUUACAUAAAACAAUAAUACUAAAUAGUAUAUUAAAUCAGUUUUAUAUUAUACUAUUGAAUAAAAAUUUACUAUUCCAUGUCAAAUGCUAAUUUUAUUCAGAAAAAUAUUUCCGUUUCCAAGAAGGCACCACAAAUUUAUGUUCAGCAGUGAACAUUAAGUUUUGUCAGUUUAAAUGUUGGUGGAUUGCAUAUUAAUUGGAUAUCAUCAAAUAUCCAUAUUAUUGUAUAAUACUUUUUGAUGUUUUUUUAAGAUAUUUUAAUUUUAAGGCAGAUGAUCAUUUUUCAAGUAUAAUACUACGAUUGAUUACAAAGACUAUUUCACAUACUUAUGACUUGUACAUAUUAAGUGUUAAAAAUGUAUUUACAACAUUGUUAUAUUGAAAACAGAAAUUUAAUUAUAUGCCAUAUGUUCUCUUAAUUUUUUUAAAAGUUAAAUGUUAAAAUUAUGAUUAAGAAAGAUAUACAAUUUAAAAAUUCUUAUAACUCACUUAAAAUUAAAAUUUUAAUAAGACUCCUAUAAAAUCAUAGAUAAUGUUCUUACUUUUAAGUUUAGAAAUAGAUCAAUUCACUAUUAUUAAAGGUUACUACGCACUACACACAAUUGUAACUGCGGGUAUGGUGGCCUCAAAAAGUCCAAAGGUUAAUAAUCUUAAAAUAAAUAAAACCUUUCUAUAUGAAUUACAACAAAUUAUUUUUAAAUAUGAAUUUUUAACCCACUAAUUUUUGUAGGACCAGUGACCAGUCGUGUUAUAGUGUUAUACAGUACCUAAUGUAUCAUGUAAUUUCUGUUGUAAAUGAAAAAAUGUUAUCAAUAUAUUUUUUUACUUUGAUUGUUA